ACUGCCUUUCUAACAAUUCAACAAUGGCCCUUGAAUAUUCUUCAUCCUACUCCUUGCUCCCCCAACUCAUCAUCACUCCUUGCUUCUUCAUAUUUCUCAUUUUCCUUCUGUACUCAAUAUCAUUAUUCCAUGUCACUUUUACAUCUGCCUCUACACCUACCACUUCUCUUUUGAAAGUUGAACAAGAUCAAGAAGCACUCACUCUUCUAACAUGGAAGGCCAGUCUUGAUAAUCAAACCCAAUCUUUCCUCUCUUCUUGGUUUGGACGCAAUUCUUGCCAUCAUUGGUUUGGAGUGACUUGUCACAAGUCAGGAAGUGUCUCCAAUUUAGACCUUGACAGUUGCGGUUUGAGAGGUACACUCCACAAUCUCAAUUUCUCUUCACUCCCCAACCUUCUCACUCUUAAUCUUUAUAACAACUCCCUUUAUGGAACCAUUUCAAUCAACAUUGGUAAUCUUUCCAAACUGAUUACAAGUCUUGACUUUGGUUUCAAUCAUUUCUCUGGUGCAAUAUCUCCUCAACUUGGAUUUCUAACAUCUCUUAGCUUUCUAGCAUUGGCUUCCAAUAAUUUCAGAGGCCCAAUCCCUUCUUCCAUAGGUAACUUGAGGAACUUAACCACUUUAUACCUUCAUACAAACAAACUAUCUGGUUCUAUUCCUCAAGAAAUUGGAUUGUUAAGAUCUCUUAAUAAUCUUGCACUGUCAACUAACAAUCUCAUUGGUCCAAUCCCUCCAUCCAUAGGAAACUUGUCCAGCUUAACCUUUUUGUUCCUUAAUGACAACGAGCUUAGUGGUGCCAUUCCUCUUGAAAUGAAUAAUAUCACUCAUUUGAAAUCUUUACAGUUAUCUGAGAACAACUUCAUUGGCCAACUACCACAAGAGAUAUGCCUUGGUAGUGUUCUUGAAAACUUUACGGCUACUGGAAACCAUUUCACUGGUCCCAUACCAAAAAGCUUGAAAAAUUGCACUAGCUUAUUCAGAGUUAGGCUUGAAAGAAACCAACUGACAGGGGACAUAGCCGAAAGUUUUGGUGUGUACCCAACCCUAAAUUAUAUUGAUCUAAGCAGCAACAAUUUUUAUGGUGAGCUUUCUGAGAAAUGGGGGCAGUGCCACAUGCUCACAAGCCUGAACAUCUCCAACAACAAUAUUUCUGGUGCUAUUCCGCCUCAACUUGGGAAAGCAAUUCAACUGCAACAACUUGAUCUCUCCGCCAAUCAUCUAAGUGGGAAGAUCCCAAAAGAGUUGGGUAUAUUGCCAUUAUUGUUCAAAUUGUUGUUAGGAGACAACAAUCUUUCAAGCAGUAUUCCUUUGGAAUUGGGAAACUUAUCCAAUCUUGAAAUUCUUAACUUGGCAUCAAACAACUUAAGCGGUCCAAUUCCCAAACAGCUGGGAAACUUCUUGAAAUUACAGUUCUUCAACUUGAUAAAAUAAAAUAUGUAAUUGUAGGUGUAAAUUUUAAUUAAAAAAAUAAGAGCAUUUUGAUAAAAUAAAAUAAAAUAAGUGUGGAAUUGAACUCAUGUAUAUAAUCCUUUUUAGUUCCAUUAAUCGUAGACGAAGUAGGUGGUUAGAUGUCAACAUCAACUAAUGGAAAUGUUGGAUGUAUCACAUUUAAGUCUAUAAAUAAGUGUUUCAUCUUCAUUUCUACCAAUUCAAUAAUGGGCCUUGAAUAUUCUUCAUCUUUCUCCUUACUCCGCCAACUCAUCAUCACUCCUUGCUUCUUCAUAUUCAUCCUUUUAUUUCUAUACUCAAUAUCAUUAUUCCAUGUCACUUUUACUUCUGCCUCUACCCCUACCACUUCUCUUUUGAAAGUUGAACAAGAUCAAGAAGCACUCACUCUUCUAACAUGGAAGGCCAGUCUUGAUAAUCAAACCCAAUCUUUCCUCUCUUCUUGGUCUGGACGCAAUUCUUGCCAUCAUUGGUUUGGAGUGACUUGUCACAAGUCAGGAAGUGUCUCCGAUUUAGACCUUCACAGUUGCUGUUUGAGAGGUACACUCCACAAUCUCAAUUUCUCUUCACUCCCUAACCUUCUCACUCUUGAGUUGUCAUCUAACAAUCUCAUUGGUCCAAUCCCUCCUUCCAUAGGAAACUUGAGAAACUUAACCACUUUGCAUAUUUUUAAGAACGAGCUUUCUAGUUCCAUCCCUCAAAAAAUUGGAUUGUUAAGAUCUCUUAAUGAUCUUCAAUUAUCACAUAACAAUCUCACUGGUCCAAUCCCUCCUUCCAUAGGUAACUUGAGGAACUUAACCACUUUAUAUCUUUUUGAGAACGAGCUUUCUGGUUCAAUACCUCAAGAAAUUGGAUUGUUGAGAUUGCUUUAUGAUCUUGACUUGUCAUUCAACAAUCUUAACGGUUCAAUACCAGCUUCCAUAGGAAACUUGUCUAGCUUAACCUUUUUGUUCCUUAAUCACAACGAGCUUAGUGGUGCCAUUCCUCUUGAAAUGAAUAAUAUCACUCAUUUGAAAUCUUUACAGUUAUCUGAGAACAACUUCAUUGGCCAACUACCACAAGAGAUAUGCCUUGGUAGUGUUCUUGAAAACUUUACGGCUAUGGGAAACCAUUUCACUGGUCCUAUUCCAAAAAGCUUGAAAAAUUGCACUAGUUUAUUCAGAGUUAGGCUUGAAAGAAACCAACUGACGGGAGACAUAGCCGAAAGUUUUGGUGUGUACCCGACCCUAAAUUAUAUUGAUCUAAGCAGCAACAAUUUUUAUGGUGAGCUUUCUGAGAAAUGGGGGCAGUGCCACAUGCUCACAAGCCUGAACAUCUCCAACAACAAUAUUUCUGGUGCUAUACCGCCUCAACUUGGGAAAGCAAUUCAACUGCAACAACUUGAUCUCUCCGCCAAUCAUCUAAGUGGGAAGAUCCCAAAAGAGUUGGGAAUGUUGCCAUUAUUGUUCAAAUUGUUGUUAGGAGACAACAAUCUUUCAAGCAGUAUUCCUUUGGAAUUGGGAAACUUAUCCAAUCUUGAAAUUCUUAACUUGGCAUCAAACAACUUAAGCGGUCCAAUUCCCAAACAGCUGGGAAACUUCUUGAAAUUACAGUUCUUCAACUUGAGCGAGAAUAGAUUUGUGGAUAGCAUUCCUGACGAAAUUGGAAAGAUGCAAAAUCUUGAAAGUCUCGAUCUUAGUCAAAAUAUGUUGACAGGAGAGGUUCCACCGCUGCUUGGAGAAUUAAAGAACCUGGAAACGUUGAAUCUCUCCCAUAACGGGCUCUCUGGCACCAUCCCACACACUUUUGAUGAUCUGAUAAGCCUGACAGUUGUUGAUAUAUCCUACAAUCAGUUGGAAGGUCCUCUCCCCAACAUCAAAGCUUUCACUCCAUUUGAGGCAUUCAAAAAUAAUAAAGGUCUGUGUGGAAAUAAUGUCACUCAUCUCAAGCCAUGCAGUGCUAGUCGAAAGAGGCCCAACAAGUUUUAUGUUUUGAUCAUGGUGCUCCUCAUUGUGAGCACUCUAUUGCUCU